GGUUUCAUCAUGUGCCUUUUUUUAAGAUACAGAAGGUAGCGUAUGACACAAGCACGAGUGAUGGUGACUUUGGCAGUGGUGGGGGGCAGGGUACUGAGAAAGUCUUGGUUCAUAACCUUUAGCAGGCAUGUCUGACUCCAAUGGUUCAUUGAAGCUGGAUUGCAUUUUUUAACAUGAAGGAUCUGAAUUUUCUUUUGUAGAUUCAACUAUAUGAACAAUAUCAAUAUAAAGUGUCUUCCCAAUUAUUGAAUUUUAGUUGUCUGGUUCUGUAACUUCAUUUGUCUUCUUCAGAUCAACAAAUUUAUCGCAUUAAGUUGUUUAUGUGUAUUGUUGUGAAGCCAUGAUAAAGGAAAAUGAUGGUUCUGUCCCCGUUACACACACGGGACGAGCCCGGCGCCGUAGAGGUUCAAAUGAGGUUCCAGCUGAUGUGGACCAAUCAAAUGGAACGAAGUUGCUACCAAAUGAUCAAAAUAAGUAUAAAUCAAUGUUGGUGCGUGCGUAUUCAACUAUCUGGAUGAUCGGUGGUUUUAUAUUUGUCGUCUACAUGGGGCAUCUUUAUAUAUGGGCCAUGAUCGUCAUAAUACAAAUCUUCAUGGCGAAAGAGCUUUUUAAUCUGUUAAGAAAAGCACAUGAAGACAAACAGCUCCCUGGUUUCAGGCUAUUAAAUUGGCAUAUCUUCUUCACGGCGAUGCUGUUUGUAUAUGGUCGGAUUCAGUAGAGUUAACGUUUGUUCUUACUUUGCUUUUCCAGUUUAAUCCUAUGACAGUUGUAAUUUUCUAUUAAUAUU